UAAACCCCGUGUUGAACGAUUUGAGACGGAAGUAAAAAUUCAGGAGGAAGAAACCUUUUAUUUAUAGCCCUAAAUUAGUUGUUAUUAACUCAUAUAUUGACUGCGCUUGACAGAGAUGGCAGAUGAGUUAGAUGUUGAGGCCAUGUUGGAGGCCCCGUACAGGAAAGAGGAUGAUGGAAGAGGAGACGCUUCCAAUGACAAAGACAGGAAAUCUUCUUCCUCCCGCCGUAGAAGUCGAAGCAGGGACCGGGACAGGGACAGGAAGAGAAGUGACAGAGAUCGCGACCGUGACCGUGACAAGGACAGCAAGCGGAGCAAGGACAAAAAACGAAGCAAAAGCCGAGACAGAAAACGUAGUAGGAGUAAAGACAAGAAAGAUCGUAGGAGAAGCAGAAGCAAAGACCGUAAAGAGAAACGAAGGAGUAGAUCACGGGACCGCAAGAGUAGGUCACGUCGUAGGAGGAGCAUCACUAAAAGUCCUGUCAGAGAGCCGUUGAUGGAGAUGACGCCUGAAGAGAGAGAUGCAAGGACAGUGUUCUGUAUGCAGCUGUCUGCCCGCAUCAGGCCGAGAGAUCUUGAGGAGUUCUUCUCUUCUGUAGGAGAGGUAAAGGACGUUAGAUUGAUCACGGACAACAAAACGCGCCGGUCAAAGGGUAUUUCAUAUAUAGAGUUUAAAGAUACAGAAUCUGUGCCAUUAGCCAUUGGACUGACCAAUCAGAAGCUGCUGGGUGUGCCGAUCAUCGUUCAGGCAUCACAAGCAGAGAAAAACAGAGCACCCAUGCCCACAAAUAUUGUUGCCAAAGCCCCGGUGACAGGACCUAUGAGAUUAUAUGUUGGUUCCCUGCAUUUUAACAUCACUGAAGAUAUGUUGAAAGGCAUAUUUGAGCCAUUCGGGAAGAUUGAAGACAUCAAACUGAUCAGGGAUCAUGAGACAGGAAAGUCACAUGGAUACGGUUUCAUUACUUACAAGAAUCAUGAAGAUGCAAAGAAAGCUUUAGAGCAGUUGAAUAGUUUUGAGCUGGCAGGGCGACCUAUGAAGGUGGGCAAUGUGACUGAAAGAGCAAUGGAUAUGCAGAUGGGGGGACAGCUGGACAAUGAUGAGCUGGACAGGGCUGGCAUCGACCUGGGAGCUACUGGGAGGCUAGCUCUGAUGGCCAAGCUGGCUGAAGGUACAGGGUUUGAGAUCCCUGAUUAUGCGAAGAACUCUCUCCAGAUGCAGGGCAUGCCUGCGUCAAUGGGCAUGAAUCAGGGUAUGCCCAAUACCAAUGCCCAGGUGAAACCCCAGGUCCCAGCAACAACCACUCAGGCACCGCCCAUUGCUACACAAUGCUUCAUGCUCUCCAACAUGUUUGAUCCCACUAUAGAGUCGAAGCUGAGCUGGGACCAGGAGAUCCGAGACGAUGUGAUAGAGGAAUGCAGCAAGCAUGGUGGGGUGCUGCACAUCUUUGUGGAUAAAGCCUCCCCACAGGGCAAUGUCUACGUCAAGUGCCCAACCAUCGCAGCUGCCGUCGCAUCUGUCAACUCCCUGCAUGGUCGAUACUUUGGAGGGAAGAUCAUCCAGGCCGCAUAUGUGCCAUUACCAAACUACCAUGCCUUGUUUCCAGAGGCUCAGAGAGCCAGCCAGCUUCUUCUGCCCUCCACACAAACACUUAACGUGGGUGGCUUUGCACCACCCACGAGCAUGUUCAAUGGCGGUGGGCUGAUGAGAUAAGGCUAACUGCGGGGGUGGUUUGUGGAACUCCUUCAUUUCAUAGUGUGAAGACUGACAGAGUCAGCAAGUAGAUUGACAAAGACUGGGGAGAUUUUAUAUUCUGUUAUGAAAUGAUUUGUAAUCAGUCAGCUAGUUCAUGGCUAGAUACAGAUUUAAUAUUUUAUUAUUUAAUCUCAUCAUUUGUAAAGGUGUUGAAGAGACCAUAUCACCAACAGAUGAUGGACUUGAGUGAUUGAAUUAUUCAAAGUGUGAUCUACUGUUCUUUUGGUAUAUCAUGGAGUUGAGUCAGGUUGCAUCAUUAUCAAACAUUCAAUGACACAAGGUAUACCUUGUAUAUGUAUUUCCGGACUUGUGCUUAAUUGUGUCUCAAGUCUUCCUUUAGUUGAUGUUAUUUUAUGUUAACAUUGUGAAGUAAUAAAACAGAAUUAGGAUGUGAUUUGUAUAUAAUUAUAUAUUAGUUGAAAGUACUUAACGGAGUUUUAAGAAACAUUUCAUGGAAUUCAGUUAUAUUAAUUGUGACUAAUAUUCUUUUUAUGAAGGGCUAUUCAAUUUUAACAUGACCCACUUGAGGAAGGCACUUUCAUACUAGACUGUCUCUCUAAAAAAGUUGAUUGUACCUAGAUUAUUAAGUUAAAACAAAAAGGAACUCCCCAUUUAGAAUUUCUUUAUAUUGCCUUCUGAAGAUGAAGUGCAUGUUGAAAUGGAAUUGCCCUUUGUUCUUAUUUGUAUUUUAAAUGCCGAAUUCGCUUCAUUUUCAUUUGUUAUACUUACAAAUUGCGGGGUGAACGUGACAAGGUUACAAGUGACAUUAGAUAAAAAAGAAAAGUAGAUUGAACCUUUUCGCAGUCACCCUUAUAAUAUUUUAUACUAGAAAAUGAUGUUUUACUAUCCGUGUAUCUAGUGUUAAAGCCCUGUAUGUUGAGGUUAUACGAACAGUGUUCUUAUCAUCCCAUCAAUCAUUUCAUUGUCAGAAAUUCAUCUGAAACUUGUUAUUGAUAAUAAUGAUAUUUUAUAUUAAAAUGAUUAAAAACUG